GGAAUAAUAAAGGCUUCAUGAAUGUGCAGGAGUCUCACGUCCCAACUCUGGAGUAUUCUGUAACUACACCCUGCCAAUCAAGAUGGGAUACUCAUUCAAGCCUCGCCUAACUUAACGGUCAAGCAGGCCAAGUCGGCGCUGAAUCACCGCCACCUCUUUGCUCUUGAGUUGGUUACUCCAUAUUAAACGACUUGCUUUUGUCGCAUGUUCCCCAAGGCACCCACUUUUGGUCUGGCCACUGCACUGCAAUUCACUGCAUGUCAUAAUUAACUUUGUUUUGCUUUGAUGAUGAGGAAUAUCUAGAGAAGCUUGAAGAAUGCAUAUACUGCAAGUGAUCACAGGUGCUACACUAGUGUCUGUCCUCUUUGUCUCCGCCAUCCCGUCCUCCACCAGCGAAUUCCUCCCUUCCACGGCUGAGCAGAACUCCGCAGUUCUUCAUUCUCAAGGCCGGUCUCCGCCCAGGUUAUGGACCAGGCUGCGUGAUUCAAUCAUAGAGUCUAUUUGGCGAGUACCAAGCCGGCAGCACAAUCCCUCCAGGAUCCCAUCAUCGCUUUCGAUCCCACGGGCGCCAUCUUCAAUCCGCGCGCGCUAUGGCGACGAUGUCGUACUCCGAUUCACUAUCCGAUCCCAAAACGAUGUCCAGGCUCUCAUAGAGGCGUCGAAUAUCCUAUUCCUCGACAUAUGGGCAUCGACAAACGAGUGGGUGGAUAUUAGACUGGCAAAGGAUGUGGUUUCAUCCCUCUUAGGAUUACUUCCCAGCUCCCUAAGAACAGCUCAUGUCCCUAUCAUCCAUGAUCUGGCCCAAGCGGUCUACGAGUCUUAUCCUCAGCCUGUCUCUUCCGUCCCAAACCCACACCACGCUUUUUCGCCUUCAGUCCAACAAUCUUCUGAGACUCAGAAUAUAUUCUUUCAAGACUACCAGCCGCUUUCCGUUAUCAUACCUUGGAUGCGUCUGCUGGCGUCUAUGUUCUCCACCCAUGUUCGACUGGUAAAUCUGGGCACCUCGUUUGAAGGCCGCGAAAUUGUUGGCUUUUGUAUUGGUGUCCGCCCUGCAAAUGCAGAUCUUCCCACUGAACGCCGCAAGACUAUCGUGAUCACUGGUGGCUCACAUGCCAGAGAGUGGAUUGGCGUUUCUACUGUAAACUAUGUCGCCUAUUCUCUCAUCACAGGCUACGGCAAGUCUCGGGCUAUCACCAAACUAGUCGAAGAGUUCGACUGGGUGCUAAUACCGACGAUGAAUCCCGACGGCUAUGUCUAUACCUGGGAAACGGACCGGCUCUGGCGGAAAAAUCGACAAGAAAACAAUCUGCAGUUUUGCCCGGGGGUCGAUCUCGACCGUACCUGGGGCUAUGAAUGGGACGGUAGCGACAGCAGAAGCAACCCCUGCUCCGAGGAUUUUGCAGGAGAUGGUCCAUUUGGUGGCAGAGAGUCAAAUGUGAUCGCACAGUGGGCGCUGAACGAAACCAAUCACCACAAUGUUACGUUUGUGGGCUUCCUUGAUCUACACUCAUACUCUCAGCAAAUACUCUAUCCCUAUUCUUACUCAUGCACCAACAUUCCCCCAACGCUGGAGAACCUCGAAGAAUUGGCCAUUGGUAUCGCAAAGGCCAUUCGACUUACCGACCAUGAACAUUACGACGUGAGUUCCGCCUGCGAAAGCUCCGUUAGUUCUCACAAAAAACGCAGGGGUGCCGCCCUGAGGAGCAUGCAAAGUGCUGGAGGAAGCGCCCUAGACUGGUUUUACCAUGAUCUUCAUGUCCGAUAUGCCUAUCAGCUUAAGCUUCGGGACAAGGGAGGCUAUGGCUUCUUGUUGCCCAAAAAAAACAUUGUUCCCACCGGAAAAGAAGUUUAUAAUGCUGUUCUAGUUUUUGGGCAGUUUCUACUCGGGAGAGGUGCCCAAGAUGUGGACUGGGAAGGGGAUUUUCAGUUCCCUGCCCAGUCUCGCCCUAACGUUCCCGAAAAGGAAUAUCGAGGCCCGGACGAAGAGUACGACAUUUCCAAUCAGUUAGAAGACGAUGAUAAUGAGAACGAUACUUUGUUGGCGUUUCGUACACAGAAAGUUUGAUUUACCCCCUUUUUAUUGAUCCCGAAACUUCCCACCUACCCAUCUGCGCAGCGAAAUACCCAGAAAUACGACGUUUUAAGAACUUUUAAUUUGUUCUGUACAUGAUGCCCCUCUGCUUCUUUACGACCUGUUGUAUAUUUUAUGCCCCAUUUUCCAUUUAUCCACGUUGGUUCCUUAUAAUUAUGGACGGGAUUCAGCGUAUUCAUUCUUUAGGGAACAAAUUUACGACAAGCCCUGGAUACCAGGCGAGAUGAUGACCUUAGGUUUGAGCGAAAGAAAAUGCUAGUAAUGCCUUGUAAUGCGAGAUAGAUCCUUUAU